AUGCCUUUCUCUCAGAAUUCAAAGGUUGGCGAGACUUCACAAGCCCUGAAGGAAGGCUUGAAGGGUGCGUUCGGGACGCCUCCGGGAUACAGACCAGCACAUGCGAGAGGUAUUCUACUUAGCGGGACGUUCAAACCAACAUCAGAGGCAGCCUCUUUGUCAUCAGCUCCGCACUUGAACACCCCAUCCACGCCAGUCAUCGGCCGCUUCUCAAACUCCACUGGUAUCCCCGUGAUACCGGACAAUGACCCGAAUGCCAAUCCAAGAGGCUUCGCGGUCCGUUUCACUCUCCCAGAGAAAAACGGCCGGAGACAACACACCGACGUUAUCGCUCACUCCACUCCAUUCUUCCCAGUUAAUUCAGGUGAAGGCUUCCUAGCCUUACUGCAGGCGCUGGGCGCCUCAGCCGCGCCUAACGCACCAAAGAACCCAUCGCCCAUUGAAGCUUUCCUCGGCAAGAACCCCUCAGCCGCUGCAUUUGUGGGGGCGCCAAAGCCCUUUCCCACCAGCUUCGGGGCGGAGAAAUUCUUCGGCGUCAACGCGUUCAAGCUGGUCUCCUCUGACGGGAAGGAAACCUUCGUACGCUACCGCAUCACGCCGGAUGCCGGCGAGUCGCACAUCACUGAUGACGAGGCCAAGGGCAAAGAUGCCGCGUACCUGCACAACGAGAUCCAGACGCGCAUCAUCGACGGUGGUGUCAGCUUCAGCUGGUGGGCACAGAUUGCGGAGGAAGGUGAUAUUACCAAUGAUGCCACGGAGCGUUGGCCUGAAGACCGCAAACUUGUGAAAUUGGGCACUAUUACCUUGGAUAAGAUUGCGGACGACAAUGACGAAGAGCAGCGCACGAUCAUCUUCGACCCCAUCCCUAGAGUUGCGGGCAUCAAUGUCAGUGAUGACCCGCUCUUGGAUCAGAGAGCAGAUCUCUACUUGCGUAGUGGCAAGGAGAGGAGAGCCGCAGGUCCUCACCAUUGA